UGAGUAAGAAAGAACCGAAUUGGCAAAUACCUUGUAAACGAGACCCACUUUAGCAAAAACAAUCUUUUCUUCUUUCCUAGGUUACCUUGUCUAAAGCCAAAAUAAACCUCGAAAUCGAUCAAUAAUUCAGUAGUCUCUGCUACUUCUCGAUUCGAUUACAGUGGGUUCAGAAUUCAAUUUCAAGUUUCUAAAGAAUGUCGAAAUCGCUGGUAGAUGUUCCUCCAAUGGGUGGGUUCAGUUUCGAUCUCUGUAGAAGAAAUGAUAUGCUGGCAAAGAAGGGAGUUAACCCUCCCUCCUUUAGGAAAACAGGAACUACAAUUGUUGGCAUAGUUUUCCAGGAUGGUGUCAUUCUCGGAGCGGAUACUAGAGCAACAGAGGGGCCCAUAGUUUGUGAUAAGAAUUGUGAAAAGAUUCAUUACAUGGCACCAAAGUCCAGUGCAGAAAGGGCUACAAGUAGGAAGAAUAAAAAGAAAAAGCAAUUGCAGGAAAGUGUAAAAACAGAGCAUGAACAGGAGAUCAAUGAACACAGCCCUCCAGCUGGAGGGAAUUUACAAGCUGGUGAUAUGAGGGUGAAAAGUGGAAAAAAUAAAAUAAAGAAGAAAUUGUUGGGGGAAGCUUCUUUAAGCAAGGAAGGUAGUAAAAAAUCUAAUGGUGAGAGGAAAAAGAAAGUAAAGGAAACAAGAAGGCAAUUAUUACAGAAAACUGCUGAGGAUGAAGAGGAAGAUGUUAAUACAGUGGGUUUUCCACAGGAGGUGAAUCCAGCAGCUGAAGGUGGAAAAAUUGAAACUGCAAAAGGCAAGGAAGAAGAAGAGGUCAUUGGAAUAAAUCCUAUAGAAGAAGAGGAUCCAAAAUCCAAUGUUGAAAUGGUCAAUAGGCUUAAAAAGAAGAAGAAGAAGAAAGAGCAGUUACUAAAGGAAGCUGCUAAGGCUGACAAGCGUGGUGUUUGCUACUUAAGUCAAAUCCCUCCCCACAUGGAUCAUGUAAAGCUUCGUCAUAUUCUUUCCCAAUAUGGAGAAAUACAGAGGAUCUACCUUGCACCUGAAGAUCCCACUGCUCGAGUAAAUCGCAAAAGAGCUGGUGGAUUUCGAGGUCAAGAAUUCUCUGAAGGGUGGGUUGAAUUUACCAAUAAGAGCAUUGCAAAAAGGGUUGCUAAUAUGUUAAAUGGUGAACAAAUAGGUGGCAGAAAGAGGUCACAAUUCUAUUAUGACCUUUGGAAUAUCAAAUACUUGAGUAAAUUCAAGUGGGAUGAUCUUACAGAAGAAAUUGCAUAUAAGAGUGUUAUACGGGAGCAGAAAUUAGCUCUAGAAAUUUCUGCUGCAAAGAGGGAGCGGGAUUUCUAUCUCAAUAAGGUGGAUCAAUCUCGUGCUUUGAGUUCUAUAGAAGAACGAUUAAAAAAGAAACAAAAGGUCCAACAAGAGUCAGGAGGUCAACUCUCUGUUGGUGAGCAAGCACCGAAGGUCAUCCGUCAAUUCCCACAGACAAAACCAGUUGCAAAUAAAGUGGAAGAAAGCAAAUCUCAACUCUCAAAAGACAUUCUGGCUGGGGUAUUUGGUGUUUUAUAGUAAUAGGUUUUGAAGUUUUCAGUUUUUGUUCGACAUGAGGAGCUUAGGAAGAUACCAAAUACUGCUUUACUUGUCUGUGGGUCUAGUUCUUCCACCUUUUAAUGCAGUAACAGAGCAUUUUACAAUUUUGUUACCAUUUUCUCAAUAUUGCCGUGACUCUGAUUAUAAUGACAGCCCACAUUCUGUAAUGCCUUUUAAGGAAGCAUGCUAUGUACUUGAUUUCCAUUGCUAUUCCUUUUACGGAAGCAUAUUAUGUACCAAAUUUUGACUACAAAAUUUAAUUCAACGAUGAUGGUUUUUUUUUGAUAAAAA